GGGGGCUUUGGGGAGGAGGGGAGGCCCAGGUGCCCCACCAGCCGCUGACCCCAAGGCUCUGCCCUCCCCCCUCCUGUUUUUCCCUUUCCAGAAAUGCCUGGACGGGUUGCUGGGCAGGAGCUGAGCAUUGGUGACACCUGCGUUUCCGUGGCUCCCUCCUUCUUCCUCCACCCCAUACAUUUAACUCCUCGACUUCCAGAUGUUCUUUCCCAUCGGGCUGUCGCUUCUUGUGCGGAACAGAGUACUUUACUUGGAAGCAGGAGACAGGAGACCAGUUGCAGACGCUGGCCCUACCACUUCUAUGUUAAAGUCCUAGAGCUUCAGUUUCUUCCACAAUAUUCUAGCCUUGUCUCAUCUGGUUUUUGAAGAUCAGUAUGGCAGAGAAAGGAAACAGACAUCUGUUGAGUACCUGCGUGGCGAAGCUCUCCGCAGAGGUCCAUACCCCUCUGCUCCCCAUGGGCAGCUGCCAGGCAGGGCACAACUUGCAUCUCUUUCUGGUCCACCACCCACCUCUGGUUUGUGCCACUUUGAUCCUGCUGCUUCUUGGCCUCUCGGGCUUGGGCCUUGGUGGCUACCUCCUUACCCACAGGACUGGCCUGCGCAGCCCUGACAUCCCUCAGGACUGGGUUUCCUUUUUGAGAUCUUUUGGACAGAUGACCCUGUGCCCCAUGAAUGGGACAGUCACAGGGAAGUGGCCAGGGUCUCACGUCGUGGGCUUACUGACCACCUUGAACUUCGGAGAUGGUCCAGACAGGAACAACAAGACCCAGACAUUCCAAGCAAAGAUUCCGGGUAGUCAGAUAGGAUUGAAAGGAUCUUCUGCGGGAGAGCUGAUCCUCAUCACAGCCAGAGUGACCACAGAGAGGACUCCAGGAACCUGUCUAUAUUUUAGCACUGUUCCAGGAAUCCUGCCCUCCAGCCAGCCACCCAUAUCCUGCUCAGAAGAGGGAGCAGGAAAUUCCACCCUGAGUCCUAAGAUGGGUGAGGAGUGUGUCAGAGUCUGGAGCCACGAGGGCCUUGUGCUCACCAAGCUGCUCACCUCAGAAGAGCUGGCUCUGUGUGGUUCCAGGCUGCUGGUCUUGGGCUUCUUCCUGCUUCUCCUCUGUGGCCUUCUCUGCUGUGUCACUGCUGUGUGCUUCCACCCGCGCCGGGAGUCCCACUGGUCUAGAACCCGGCUCUGAGGGCACUGGCCUAGUUCCUGCCUUGUUCUCAGGUGUGAAUCAACUUCUUGGGCCUUGAUUCUGACUCAGAAGAGACCUUACAAAAAGUGAAGAGCUAGAAUUUGGGAGAAAAUAAAAGGCUUUUUUUUUUUUUUCCUGCCCAGUGUGGCCUAAAGUGUUUAUUGGGGAUUGGAAUUGAGGUAGGAAUUUUAUAGUAAACAGGCAUGGGAGGUUUGGAGGGACUUUUCCCUGUUGACUCUUGAGUUUGGGAUACAGGUUCGCAUAGAACAUAUACACAACUCUUUCCAGGUUGUGACUUGGCUUUGGAAAACACCUGAUUUUGAUCCUAGCUCUGCCAUUUUUAUGCCUUUCUUCCAUGAAAUAAAAUUGAUAAUUACAGCUGG